AUGGCCACGGGCGACGGCGGCGAUGCCAAGGGGCCGUCGCGCGUGAUGUCGUACCACGACCGCCUUGUGCAUUUCUACACGGAGCACAAUCCAUCCAUGAUACCGUCCAUUGAGUCCCUGUUGAGAAGGUACAAAGGGGAGGAAGAGGCAUUGAUUCAGAGCGUCCACAUCAAGUACGACGUUCGUGAUCUCGUGUCCGACGAGGCAGUAGACGACAUAUUCGAAAACGAGAGGUACUCUUACCUGACCAUGUCGUUUGGCAGCACGUACAACACCUACCCAGGGCAUUUGUUGGUCCUGGACCGAAAACGAUGGAGUGCUGCGAGCGGGAAGCCUUCAUCCCAAGACAUGCAUGAAGUCGAACCAACUCUCCCAGAUGGAUACGAGUGGACUGGGCAAUGGACAAUCGAUUCGACGUACGUCAAAUGCGACAAGGAAGGAUGGACCUAUGCGUUCGAUUUCUCCAACUUCAGAGCUAUGCUGCUCAAUGAUCAAAGCCAUAGUGCGGCAGGCAUGACAGACUAUGUUCGACGUAGGCGAUGGAUUCGCCCCCGACGCCGUCGAGCACUUCCCUUGCCUGCUUCCCAAUCGUCCCAAGAUUCAACUGCCGAGAUGUCCUCUAUCACACCGGACGAGACGACUGGGCUCUCAUCCGCUUCCCAUGGUUCCACAGCUCCGACGGCGCCACCUCCACCGAGUCCGUAUCGCCAUUUCGCCGCGCCGACAACCAUGUCGGAGCUGCAAGCGUCGUGGAUCUUGCACCUUCGCGCACUCAAAAGUGUUCACUCUAUGCUGCACCAUGCCCGUGCGGCUCGGGUACUUCGCUGGCGGGCCGCCAAAGCCCAGCUACAAGCUCAACUCACCGAACUCGCGAGCCCGUCCCAACGACUGCCACAUAAUCAAUCCAAGCUAGACAUUCUGAAGAGAGCCAUGUGGUUUCCUGUUGAGAAAGGGUACAUUUGGCGCGCGAGUUUGGCGGGGGUGUUUGUGGGGCUGCAAGACUUUUGGGUGGAGCGCCUUGCGCUGACCUUCCAACUCCACUUUACCGACCCAACUCGACUCGAAGCAACGUUUCAGGGGGCGUUCUGCGGCGAAUUCCACGGCAUCAAAGUGAAAGGCGAUAAAGGGACGCGGAUUCCAAACGCCAAGUGGAGUCAAGUUGCCUCGGAUUUUGAGUUUCGCGGUCGGUGGGCGUUGCUGUGCGAAAAAGAGCCGACGGGAUGGACCCUCGACCAAGCCAAGUCGACUCCUGUCGACUUUACCGCGAUGAACAUGCAAUAUCGAGGCGGACUCGGGAUCCCGGACGCCUUGGUCCAACUAAUCUUGCAAGACCUUGUGACAAACUACAUCACCGACAUCGUUGCGAAGUCGCUGCCGCCAGAACUCAACAAACUAAUGUUGCGGCCAACCUCGGGCAUCGAGGUAGCAGGGGAGUUGGUCGUGGAUGGGCUGGAUCUCGCAGCUACGGUACACAGCACCUUGUGCGCCAGUAGCAAACAACGAGAGGAUGACCCGGCAAGUCAAGUGCUUCAAGUGCUCAACUUGACGCGACCGCAGCUGAAUUUACUCCUCUCGACACGGCAGUACAAUGGCCUCGACAUGCUUUUCCCUUCCCUCGCACAGUUUACUAGAUACGUGCGAUUGCAUGCGCUCGACCCACGGGCCGACGAUCAAGACGUUGUCGAAAACUUGACCAAGGAAUGGAUCGACACAUGGGAUCGCAUCCUCGAGCUGCUGCAGCUGCAGAGGCAGUUGCAUCCUUGCGACGGCACCAACAGCGCGUACAGCAUGGCUCCGAUCUCGUUUGAAGAGUUGAUCCAGCACACCAAGCGCCACGUUUUGCAAAAGCAAUUGCCCGUGCGAGUGCACUUGAACCAGCUCAACUGGCGCGUGCACGUUCCCACGAUGCUGCAUACUCUGUCGACUUGGCUGACCAACUCUGCGACCCGUGUGUCGACAUCCGCUGCGGCAAAAGUGAUGGGAAUUCGCCUUGGGCGGAAGAAGGAAGCGCCUCGAAAUGACGUGGCACCUUCCAGCACCCCUGCGUUCGUGACGAUCGUCUUGGACAGGCUCAAACGCUUCAUGGAAUCGGGCCUGGUGCGGCUCUUUCACACGGUGAUGGAAGGCAAGGUCAGUGGAAUCGGUCGUGCAUCUACUUGCAACGACGACGACGCGUUACUGCGCCUGCAACUCCACGACGUUCAAUUGAAUGCCUGUGGACCACUCGAUUGGUCUACAUCGUUUGCAUGGACAAGAUCGGUCGGCAGAUGCCGCAUCAGCACCAUCCCAUCGCAGCCAGACUUGCCGCCAAACGUGACGUUCAUGCUCGAGCCCCGGGCUUCCGUCGACCCUGCCGCGCUUGCAACGUCGACGCCUGAAGCUGUGUCGGCUACGCUGACCAACAUCCAGUCGUCUCUCGUUCUUGACACCACCCAUGUGUGUGGGGAGGUUGUGGUGUGCGCCACCGAGUACGGCCGUGACGGCGCUUCAUCGACGAAAGAUGCGACGAAUCUGCACAUGCAAUGGCAUCCUGCGCUUGUCGCCAAACUACGCGUCGGCUCGAUCCACGCGACUGCGUCUCUCCGAGCGUUGUUUCAAGUGAGUGUGGAUGCAGUGCUCGAAACGUUGCCGUUCCCGACGCCCGCCAAGCCCUGGCUCGACAAGAUCAUGACGACAGUACUCAAAUACUGCGCAUCCGACGCGCUCAUGAUGGCGUGGAGUGUCGGGACGUCGUUGGAUGACGACGGCAUGUGGACCUGCCAUGGCGCUGGCGACCACCCCCAGCCGUUCUUGGCCUUUGAUCAACUCCACUUGCUCACGCUGCUACAUGACGUCGAUGACCUCGUGGCGUUUGCGAUUCAAAUGCACGACAGUGCGACCGAGACGUACCCCGACCAAGGCACGAAUUGCAACCAGUGACCACACUAAGGUGCUUGUACAUCGGGACGUACAGUGUUUGGGACGAUCAAAGGCCGACAUCAUGCACGAUGGUUUCAUUCUGCCAACAUAGAAAAGCAUUCGGCAACUUACUCGGUCCGGGUCACGACCAGC